GAAAUAAAACUGGUUGAAGGUACAAAAACGCUAUCUUUUGAAGAUUUAUAUAGGAGGUAGCGCAGCCCAGCACCAAAUCACCUGAGUAGAUGGGUUUUUUUAAUUGAAGCGUAAAUGAGAGGUGUUUACGACGAAGAUGGCGGGGAGGAGCCUUCCUUAGAGGAGCCAACUAUCCCUCUUGCAGUCCAUUUUGUAACGCGCGCUCGUUUGAAAUUACGUUCGGCUUUGUCCUUAAACGAGGCCACAAAUUAUAAAAUUCAAGCUUUUAAACUGAGCAUUUUGAAGACUCUUAGUUUUCUGGAGGAUAAAUAUAAAUACUGCGUAUCUCGUGAAAGUGAGGUAUAUCCUGGCUUUGUAGUUGUUUUUUUAGCUACCGCGGGCUUAUCCCUUUACGCUAAAAGAAGGGAGCAGAAAAUCUUCCUUCGUGUACUUUACCCGACUUUAGGCUUUUUUCUUACAACAGCUUUAUUUUGCUCUUCCACUUUUAAAAAAGCCUCUUCUGAGGUAGAAUGUUCCUUUAAAAAUCUACUUUUUUCAAAGAAAGACUUAUAAAAUCAAA